GAACACACAGACAGAGACGCACACACACAGCAUGGAAGGGAAAGGGCUAGUGGCUCAGCUGCAGAAGGCAGCUAUCUGCCCCGCCUGCAGGGGGCACUUCAAGGACCCGGUGAUUUUGGACUGCGAUCACAGCUACUGCCGGGCCUGCAUCACCCGCUACUGGGAAGAGGCAGCUGCGACUGGGAAGGGCCCCAGGGUACUCUCUUGCCCCCAGUGCAAGGCAGUUUUUGAGAGGAAGAACCUGCGGACCAACGUCAAGCUGGCGGUGGAGGUCAAGAUCACCCAGCAUCUCAACGCCAAGACGGCUCACGUGCCCCUCGCACCCAAGCCCAGGAGGCGCCGUGGGGGGUGGAUUCCUGCAACUGGCAUCCAGGAGGAAAAGGAAGUCAUCAGAGAAGUCUGCAGAUGCUAAUGUGGUUUGGAUGCUCCCAGACACCCAUAUUCACCUGAACCUGCAGAACAACCUACCUGGAGCCUCUCAAAGUGGCAAUCCCUGCUUCCCAAGAUUUGAAGACCCUCAACAAGAUGGCCAAACAAGCCAUCUCCAAAUGGCUCAGGCUACGGCAUGGGGGCAGCUAAAUUUGGGGAAGGCUUCUGGUGGUGGAGAAACUGAGAUUUCAGCCAAGCAUGAAGCUCUGGAUUUACAAAUGGACCUGCAAGAGUUAGGGAGACUCUCGUGCUGCAGGACUUAAGUUAUUUUCUAGAGAGAGAUAUCAAGCUGUCUCAGAAGCUACAAAAUGCAUUGGCUUGGUGAGGGGGGCGGGUGGGGAAAGUGCUCCAUACAUGGCAGGACCCCCUUUACUUUUUUAGGGUUUAGAGUUCGGAAUCAGAUUUCAGGCUUCUGUCAUCCCCUGGUUCAGAUUAAGCCCUGCUCCAUAAUUGAGCAGAACAGAUUUU